GGGAGAAUGUUACCUCAAGGCAAACUGGCAAUGCAGACUUUCUUUCGAUGAAUAGAAGGAGACCCAGUGAGUGUAACCUAAAUUGUGCAAGUGACUCCAGGGACGUUGACGAUUCGACUCUAAAAUCAGCACCGUAGGCCUACAUAUUUUAUUUAUAGCACAAAAAUGUUGUGCUUUUCACUUAUCCGAUUUUGCCCCGUCCAGACGAACCAAGUCGUUUCUAGUAUUGAAUUGGCAUGAGGCUACGUCGGUAAAUGACACAGACCAGCUCCCGUGGACUUCACGAGGUAGGUGAAGUGACUGAAGAAAGGAACACCGACAUUUCGCACAUCAACUCAUCAAAUUGGAUCUCGCUCCGCCUCAUGUGAAGGAAGAGUUGGUGGGGAAAAGUGGUGCGUCGUCAACCAGCCGCAAAGAAACUGACGAUGCUUGCGGAGAUCUUGCGCUUCAACGUCGCGUCUUGUAGCCUUUGAAUCGGGAAUACCACUCUGCAGUCUGAGGAUAAAACUGUUAAAUUCCGCCUCAUAUGGGGAUGAUUAUUCAUUUAAACUGAUUGAUAUAUCAUGACAGUUUUAUCCGGUUUUUAACCGCGGUUUCCUAAACUUGACAAUGACAUUCUAUUUUACUUGAACUUGAGGUAAUCGCAUCGAUCAACCUCGCAGUCAACAAAUGCAACAGUAGUGACUAUUACAAACUGAAGAAAAAGACGGAAUUUGAUAAAAGGGAUUUCCUGUCAAUCAUAAUCUCCAGGCUUUUCCUGCACUAAUUUACCCCUCAAAAUGGAUGCCAACGACGGGCUAUCGAAACACCACUGGAAUAAGUAUUCACCCUUUACCGAGUUCGAGCACAGUGUUUAAACACCCCCUCUAAAGUGGGAAAGAAGAUCAAGGAUAAAAUUCGACAGGACGGAGGAGGAUGCAGACUGGAGUGAGGGCACUCUCCGCAGGUGGAGGAGCGUCAAUUUGCUGUCUUUUGCUCCUGUGGGUGAUCUACUCGCACCUCCUGAGAGAGGGCCAGUUGGCGGUGGGCACCUGUGAGAUUGUGAUGAUGAACAGGGACAGCAGCGUGCCCAGGCGCACCAUCGCCCGGCAGACUGCCCGCUGCGCCUGCAGAAGAGGCCAGAUCGCCGGCACAACGCGGGCGAGGCCUGCCUGCGUAGACGCGCGUAUCGUGCGUAGCAGACAGUGGUGUGAGAUGGGGCCCUGCCUGGACGGUGAGGUGUGCGGCCUCCUCUAUAACCGCUCCGGCUGGACCUGCACCAAAGGCAGCGGCCGCAUCAAGACCGUCACGAUCACUCCAUCUCAGACACAGAAAGCAAGUUACCAAAUCAACACAGAUGAUCCUUUGCCCAAGGAGCCGUCAUAAGUAGCUCUGAAAUCAGUGGGCAGGGAUAUUGGCAUUCAUGGUGUAAGGGGAAUAGAAGCCAGUCACAGUCACCAGGCUAUAACAUUGUCUGUCCAUUCGCCACCUUUGGAGCUCCAGCCAAUCAGCAUCCUCGUCCAUCAGUAAGCGAUGCCACCCAGGGUGACUUUGACAGACAGCUCUACCCUACGGCCCAACAUUCUCAGAACUCUCAAGUUUCCAGAAAUCAACAUCGCCAACAUCGUCAUGGAAACUUACCAAACCACCCUAUUCCAAACUAGAAGAGACAUACGAUACGAUAUUCUUUCAACCAUCUGAGCUGGCAAUCAUGUGGAGUUUAACGGACACAAAUCCAUCCGGCCAUCAAGUCAUUUUAAGUGUGUCCAUUUUGACGUCAGUCCUGGUAGAAUGGUCCCUCCUGUGGAUUCUGGAGUCAAGAACCAUACCCACUUUUCACUCUUAUCAACAAGGACAGUAAGACUGUAAACUCCAUAGAGAGGAACAUGCCUCUGUUGGAUGGUGGAGCAGUGAGGCUAACUGAUGUAGUAACAUAUGGAUGCUAGCCUUAUGCAGAUCUAUUUAUCUCCCGUUGUGUAUGGAAGCGACAUGCCCCACCCUCUGUUCCUCCGAGUCUUUUCUGUCUCACUGUGGGAAUGCAGGAGUUUGGGAUGAGGUGAGUGUGUGUGUGUGUGUGUGUGUGAGAGAGAGAGAGAGAGAGAGAGAGAGA